UGUACGAAGGGUGAUAAAGAACUUCUUGAGAAAUGUAUAUCUGAAACAGACAAAAUGCUAUGGAUCCUCGAUUACAAAGAACAACAUAUGACAACUACCGUAGAUUUUACGGUCAAAUUAUCGUCAGAAAGUCUAAAAGAUUCUUUAGAAGAAGGACUUGAAAAACGAUUCAUGAUGAGCUCGCUCAUCGGAACGUCUAACAUGGUGUGUUUUGAUAGCGAAGGUCGUAUUCGAAAAUAUGAUUCUCCCGAAGAAAUUCUAAAGGAAUUUUACACACAGCCUCGAUUACUAUUAUAA